AUGUUGCAGAGCAGCUUCAACAGUUUCCCUUCCUCUUUGCCACACACCGCUCUCUCUUCUAGUAAGAAACUUCUCAUUUCCCCUUCACUUCCAUUCACAUCCUUUCCCUACAACCAUUAUCAGCAGCGGCAACUUAAGCAGGCCAAGAAAAAGCAGCAGUUACUGGUGUUGUGUGCCAGUUAUGAGGUGGGUGGGGGUUAUUCAGACAAGGAAUCAAAUGUACAAGAAGAAAGUACAAGUAGAAGAACCCAACAAGAUUGGGAUAACAAACCAGACCUUUCUCAACAUGAAAUUAUUAUCAAAGGAGGUGAGCAGGUCAUUUCUGUCCUCCAAGAGAUGAUCACCCUUUUGGAAGACCUGAACAUGGAUGACGCUUCUGAGAAGGUGGCUGUCGAAUUGGCUGCACAUGGAGUUAUCGGGAAAAGAGUUGAUGAGAUGGAAGCUGGGUUUAUGAUGGCCCUAGAUUAUAUGAUUCAACUUGCAGAUAAGGACCAAGAUGAAACGCGCAAGUCACUGUUAGAAGUUAUCAAGGAAACUGUAUUGUCCCAUCUUACAAAAAAAUGCUCCCCACAUGUUCAAGUGAUUGGCUUGCUUUGCAGAACUCCCCAGAAAGACAGCAGGCAUGAAUUAUUACGUAGAGUUGCUGCUGGUGGUGGUGUCUUUGAAGGUAAUAAAGGCACCAAAGUUCAUAUUCCAGGGGCAAACCUGAAUGAUAUAGCUAAUCAGGCUGAUGAUAUACUUGAGACAAUGGAAACUCGGUCAGUUGUCCCAGACCGGAAACUACUUGCAAGGCUUGUUUUAAUUAGAGAGGAAGCCAGGGACAUGAUGGGAGGUGGGUUACUGGAUGAAAGAAAUGACCGUGGUUUUAAUACGCUUCCUGAAUCUGAGGUGAAUUUCAUAGCCAAACUGGUAGCGCUGAAACCAGGGAAAAGUGUCCAGGAAAUGAUUAAAAACGUGAUGCUAGGGAAAGAUGAAGGUGCAGAAGAUGCUGCCAGUGAGGAGGAGAACAUUAGCAGUGAAAGGAUUCCGAGCGGAAUUGCCGGAAGGGGAAGCGUUACUGGACGAAAACCACUUCCUGUGCGACCUGGCAUGUUUCUUGAGACUGUCACCAAGGUCUUAGGUGGUGUAUAUUCAGGAAAUAUCUCUGGCAUUACUGCACAACAUCUAGAAUGGGUAAGUUCUCUUUUCCCAAGCACAACUGAAGCCUACGUAUCUAUGCUUGUGUGUGAGACUUCGAGUGGCACUGUAACAACAGAGAAGGGGUCCGGUGGAAAAAUGGUGGGACCCCGAAGUGAGUUCCCAUCCAGGUAG